AUGGCAAGAGAUAGUCUCGUUUCUCUGAUUGAGUGCAACGACUCCUCACCUGCUAUCUCUUACAAGGAUGCUGUGACGAAGUCCACUGUUGCUCAAUCAGAUUCUAAAACCGUUAAUCUAGAAGAUAAUGAUAUCGAAUUACUCGAAGAGGAUAUCACUCUUGGCUCCUCUAACAGUAUUUCAACCAUAUAUUUUUCAGAACGAGUUCAAUCUCUUGCCGUUAAAAGCAUGGAUUUAACGCUCGUAGUUAAAGUUCUUGGACGAAGAGUGGGUUAUAAUACCCUGCACAAUCGCAUAUACGGUAUCUGUAAACCUUCUUACCCUCUCAAACUUAUUGAUAUUGAGAACAAUUACUUUCUUGUAAAGUUCAGUGAUCAUGGUGACUACCUAAAGGUGCUCACAGAAGGACCUUGGACCAUUUUCAGGCAUUAUUUAACAGUUGAGCAAUGGUCUAUCGACUUUCAGUCGAACCAAGAUUAUCCUAGCCGCCUCAUGGCAUGGAUUCGAUUACCGGGUCUUCCAGGUGGUUCAAUGAUAAAGAUUGAUUUUCAAACGGAUAAUGGUUGCAGGGGGCGUUUUGCACGCCUAGUCGUUAGCCUCAAUCUUCAUCGGCCUUUGGUAUCCAAACUCCUCAUCAAUGGUCGCCUCCAAAUUAUAGAGUAUGAAUCGCUUCCCACUAUUGCUUCCAUUAUGGCAUCUACAGUCACCAUAAAGACCUUUUUCCGCAGCUACCAGUACAGAGAAAUGUUCAACCAAUGA